CGAUCGGUGUCAUCGCCUCGUCGCCGUUCACGCUCUCGCAGACGUAGCCGUUCUCGUUCACCGCGUCGUGUCAGUCGUUAUUCGCCAGUGCGCCGAAGUCGCUACAACGAUGGCCGUGAUAAUCCGGAGCCAUGCUCGUGCCUCGGAGUGUUUGGCAUGUCGCUCAAUACCACUGAACGCGAUCUGAAGCGUAUUUUUGGUGAAUAUGGCGAGAUUGAAUCGGUACAGCUUGUGUACGAUCGUUACAGCGGCCGAUCGCGUGGCUUUGGCUUCGUCUAUUUCGAAACAACAAAAGAAGCGAUUCGAGCAAAGGAUCAUUUGCGUGAUGCAGUGAUUGAUGGGAUGCGCGUUCGUGUUGAUUUCUCCGUCACAAAAGGAGCUCCAAGAUAGUA